AUGCCUCGCCUUCUCCCGCCGCCUCUCCGCCUCGUGCUGCUCCUCGCAGCAGUCGCCGCGUGCUUCGGCGCGUUGGUGACUGUAUCGGGGGCGCCUCUAGCGGGGCCAGAGUGCGAGAGCGAGUUCCCGCGGCUGUGCAAGUUCGUGGACGAUCUGCGCGACUCCAUUCCCGAGCAGAUCGACGCCUCCACGGGCGCGCCCAUCCGCAUCGGCGCCUACCAGAUCCGCCAGAGGCUGCACCGCGAUCUGCCGCCCACGAAGCUGUACGCGUAUGGGCGCAGCGCCGCCACCGCGCACUACCCCGGCCCCACGCUCGUCGCCACGCGCGGCGUGCCCACCAAGGUGUAUUGGGAGAACCAUCUGACGGACCGCCAGCACAUGUUCCCCGUCGACUACACCCUCAGCGAUGUCGCCCGCCCGCUGCUCGGAGGCAUCCCCAUAGUGACGCACCGGCACGGGGGCGAGCAGGCAUCGUUCUCGGACGGGCACCCCGAGGCGUGGUUCACGCAGAACAGCGAGGUGGGGCGCGCUGCACGCACGCGCCUGUACCGCUACCCCAACCACCAGCUGCCUACCACCCUCUGGUACCACGACCACGCCAUCGGCAUCACGCGCCUCAACGUGGCGGCGGGCCUCGCGGGGCUCUUCCUGCUCACCGACCCGCGCGGCGUGGAGAGGACCCUCAACGCGUGGCUGCCCCAGGGCGAGUUCGCCGUGCCGCUCGCCCUGGCGGACCGGCGGUUCUUCGCCAACGGCUCCAUUGAGUACCCCAGCCAGGGCGUGCUGCCGCGCGUGCACCCCCACUGGGUGGCCGAGUACCUGGGGGACACCAUCCUCGUCACCGGCAAGGUGUGGCCGUAUCUGAACGUGAGGAGGGCGCUGUACCGCUUCCGAGUGCUGGGGGCGGCCAACACGCGCUUCUUCAAUCUGCGCUUCAUCUGCGCCACCUCCACCAACUACCCCGACUUCACUCCGCCUUUCACCGGCGACAAGCUGCCCAUCAUUGUCAUCGGGUCGGACGGCGGGUACGUGCAUGAGCCGGCGGUGCGCACAUCACUGCUGGUGGCGCCGGGCGAGCGCUACGACGUCCUCGUCGACUUCUCCACCCUCGCCUCCUCCUGUGCUGACGUCAUCCUCACCAACGACGCCCGUGCGCCGUACCCUGCGGGCGAGCCAGUGACCGACGACACGGCCGUGGUCAUGCGCUUCAUUGUCGACCACCAGUGCGCCCGCCUGCCCGCCCCGCCCAUCCCCACCACCCUCCUCGCGAUCCCCCGCGUGGACACGUCCCGGGUGGUGCUGGAGCGGUGGAUCACAGCCGUGGAAGAAUCCGACCUCGCCACCGGGCUGCCCAUCCGCCUCUUGCUGGGCGCCCGCCCCUACAGCGCCCCGCCCACUGAGACGCCCAGGAAGAACUCGGAGGAGCUGUGGCAUGUCAUCAACCUCACGCCCGACGCGCACCCAAUCCACCUGCACCUCAUUCAGCACCGCCCCCUGUGGCGCCGCCCCUUUGACCUCGCCGCCUACAGCAGCGGCGCCUGCUCCUUCACCAACGCAUCGCUGCCCUCGUGCUUCACUGGCGCGCAGCAGCCAGUGGCGGCGUAUGAGCGCGGGUGGAAGGACACCACUAUCCUGCCGCCCGGCACCGUGCUCACCCUCUGGACGCCCUGGUACUCCCAGGUCGGCACACCAUUCCCCUUUGACCCGACACGCGGCCCGGGGUAUGUGUGGCACUGCCACAUUCUGGAGCACGAGGACAACGAGAUGAUGCGUCCACUCAUCAUCACCAAGGGUGCUCCCCCUCCCCUCUUGACCCCUCCUACGCCUCUGCUGCUACUGCUGUCGACUUCCUCGGUGCGGAGAAGGUCGCAGCGGCUUCCGCUCCUGGUGGGAAGCGUGGUGGUGGCAGGGGCGGCAAGGGUGGCAGGGGUGGCGGAGGUGGCGGUGGAGGGAGCGGUGGUGGAGGCGGCGGGGGUGGUGGAGGUGGUGGGGGUGGCCGUGGGGGUGGAGGCGGUGGGUGGGGUGGCGGCAGGACCGGGAGCGGUGGAGGCGGCGGCGGCGGUGGUGGGGGAGGAGGCAGCGGCAGUGGCGGUGGAGGUGGGAGUGGGGGUGGAUCUGGCCAGAAGGGUGGCCAGCAGCAGCAGCAGCAGCAACAGCCACAGCAGCAGCAGCAGCUUCCUCCCCUCACCUCCCAGCAGCUCAAUGACUGCUGCUUAG